AAUGGUGGAGAAGUGAUUGAAGCGAGGCUGAGGUGCAGCGUCAAAGAGGUGUUUCCUGCUCUGGUCUGGGACCGCUCCGCAGACCGGGAAUUCUUGUAUUUUUUGCCAGAGCAAGCUCGUCACAUCAUGGAACCGGGUCAAGAACAUGUGCGCCCACGAUGCCGUCAGCACAUUCUGCGGCCAGUGCUCCUUCUCCCCCAUCCAGGUCGUAAUUAGCGCACCUGACUUGAGCCCGAGAGGGAUUGCACCGAAUCCCCCAGUGAGGGCUGCGCGGCUCUGGUUCCUUGGGGACUUUGCCAAUGCCGUGGCAGAAUAACUUUCAGCGAUUUCAGCGGCCGACGGAGGCAUAGGCCGCCCAGGAUCAGAUCCGUCGCUCCCCAUUGUGGCCUCACGGGCCAACGUCAUAGAUGCACAAAUGGCGUCGUCCAAUCAGGUCGCUGAAUUGGAUGUGCGGACGCUAUGGCGUGAGGCUGGCAUUGCAAGCGCCAGCGUUGAGCUUGGCCAAAGAGAAAUAGGCACGAGCCUCGAUGCUCGCAGUCACUUAUUUAGUUCUCUCCGUUUUUAAAACCUUACCGAGCUUCUGAACACCAUCUUUGACCAUAUCAACAGCUUCCAUUCGUCACGCACUAGCAAGAGAUAGCUUAGACCGAACUGGAAUGGCCGACGUGAGGCGCGUGGAGCAUUCCCCGGACUCCGUUCUGCUCGCUCAGGGGCUGCAUCCUCCUCUUCACGGCCCCCAUGGCAGCGGUUUCCAUCAGAGUCGCCGCGACGGCGUGGAGAUCCAGAAUGGGCGGAGAAUCCUCGACACCUCCAAGCUCCCUCCGCGCGACCCCGCCUCGUCAGGUCGCAACGUGGGCCGGUCAGAUCGUCGCUGCUCCUGGCGCCUCUCCUCCACCUCCCGAAACGCCAGCGACUUUGAUCUCAGCGGAUGGAUGCUCCUCGCGCAGCGCUUAGACGACGCCACCGCGCACUCCUCCACCUCACCCCUUCCCGUGUCGGAUGUCGCCGACCCUGAGUCGGCGUCCGGGGUUGUCACCCGCCAGCCAGCCUCUCACUGCUCAGACCCCUUCCCUGCCCCUGGAGAUUUGCGGCGCAGCAGAACCGAACAUCUUGGGUCCAUGUCGCUCCGCUUUAGCCAUUCGGAAGCCUUUGCUGAAACCCGUGACAUGAGCAUGGAUGACCUUCUGCGCCGCCGCUCCGCCUCCAACCUCCACUGCUCCCCCUGCGCUUUUGAUUCCUUGACUGACUUUGAGGAGGAGCAACGGCUGAGAUGCACGAGGUGCUUCCAUACUCCAUCUCCGAGCAGGAGUGAUGCCACUGCUGCUGCGUUAUGCGUGGGGUGCUCAUUGCUGGAUGCUGAGCUGGCAUGCGACCCUAAUUGGAUUGACGACGCACGAGCAAGAAUAGGUGGGGCGGCCCUGGCUGUCGUGGAGGCACAGCAGGCUGCUGAAGAGCUGAGUGCGCGUGUAGGGAUGGCGGCAGGGGGACAAGAUGUGAGGGACUGUGUGGAGGUGGCUCACAAUGUGGCUGUGAGGUGCGGUAGACAGCCUGGCUCAAUUGUGAGAUUCGUGGCUGCUGCAAAAGGAUGGGUGACAAGCAAGGCCAUCAGAACAAAAAACAAUGUUAGGAUAAGCUUGGAGUCAAGUUCUAUGUAAUUGAAUGUUGCUACGUGGUUGAUUGUUGUGUGCAAUGCGUCAGUAGGGCGUUGUCAACAGCAUUGGGGCUCGUGCAUUUGAAUUGAAUUGGGCGAAGUGAGCAUUUGAGA